AUGGCAGCAAAAUCCGAUGGCGCGGGGGUCGUUAGCGGUUUCGCCCAGCUGCGCAACCUGGACGAAGCGACCGGUGACGAAGACGUCCUGGACAGCGAGGCCAUACACAUCUGCCACUGCUGCAACACUUCAUCGUGCUACUGGGGCUGCCGGAGCGCGUGUCUGCAGUCGCUGCUGGGCAACGGUGAUGCUGCUGGAGGAUGGAAGCGGCCGCCGCAUCAGCACCAGCCGGAGGAGCGCUUGUGGCUGGACUGCCUCUGGAUCGUCCUGGCGCUGCUGGUCUUCUUCUGGGACGUCGGAACGGACUUGUGGUUGGCCUUGGACUACUAUUCCAAACGGGACUAUCUGUGGUUCGGACUGACCCUGUUCUUCGUGCUGGUGCCAUCGGUUCUGGUCCAGAUUUUGAGCUUCAGGUGGUUCGUUCAGGAUUACACCGGCGGUGGGCUGGCGGCAGUGGAGGGGCUCGGCAGGAAAGCCACGGCGGAUUUAAGCUCGCGCAUCGACGGCAGGGACAGGUGCUGCAUGAUAUCUAUAUGGAUAUGGUACGCGUUUGUGCACGUACUUCAAAUGGGGCAAGUGUGGAGAUAUAUCCGCACAAUGUAUCUGGGCAUCCAGAGUCGACGACAGAAGGAACACAGACGGCGUUUCUAUUGGGCGAUGAUGUAUGAGUACGCUGACGUCAACAUGCUUCGCCUCCUGGAGACGUUUCUGGAGAGUGCUCCCCAACUGGUGCUACAACUCAGUAUAAUGAUCCAGAAGAACCGGGCCGAGACACUGCAAUGCGUCUCCUCCGUGGCCUCGUUGCUCUCUCUGGCCUGGGUCCUCGCCUCGUACCACAAGCUCUUACGAGAUUCCAGAGAUGACAAAAAGAGCAUGAGCUACAGAGGUGCGCUUAUCCACAUCUUCUGGAGGCUGUUCACGAUCUCCUCACGAGUACUCUCCUUUGCUCUCUUUGCUUCCAUCUUCCACAUCUACUUUGGCAUCUUCGUUGUCGUCCACUGGUGUGCCAUGGCGUUUUGGAUUGUGCACGGAGGCACUGAUUUCUGCAUGUCCAAAUGGGAGGAGGUGCUCUUCAACAUGGUGGUGGGCAUCGUCUACAUCUUCUGCUGGUUCAACGUGAAGGAGGGCCGAACCAGGUUCCGCAUGGUCAUCUACUACUUUGUGGUGCUUGCCGAAAAUACGGUGCUUACUUGCUUGUGGUAUGCAUACAGAGACCCGGUCUCCACCGACUCCUAUGCAGUGCCGGUGCUCUGUGGAGUGUAUCUUACAUUUGCCUCAGGGGUGGUUUUCAUGGGCAUCUACUAUGGGUUCCUCCAUCCAAUGGGACCCAAAAUUAGGCUGCUGGCGAGCUCCUGUUGCGCUGAGCUUCUCUGGGGACUUCCUUUACCCCCAGAAGCUGAGCCCAUGGCACCCACCCCUGGUCCUCGGGCAUCACAACCCACUCCCAGCCGGGCUUCCAUGGGGGUCUAUGGCCAGCAGGACGACACCACAGCGGACACCUGCAUGCCGGUGUUCCAGGUGCGCUCACCUGAGCCUACCACUCCUUUAGGGCGGUACCGGCCAGAAGGGCCUCUGAUCAAAAUCGACAUGCCCAGGAAACGUUACCCAGCCUGGGAUGCCCACUUUGUAGACAGGCGCUUGAGAAGGACAAUAAACAUCUUGCAGUUUAUCACCCCCACAGCUGUAGGGAUCAGGUACAGGGAUGGACCGUUACUGUACGAGAUACUACAGUACGAGUCGUCCCUGUGA